UCGUUUAAAAGUGUUUCAGGGCUUCUACUAAGUAAAUCGACAGAUUGUUUUUAUAAAAAUAUACAUUUUUGGAUUUAAUUUUCUUUGCAUUUAACGUAAAUUUUAAGAAUACAUUUUAUUUUAAUCAAUCAUUUUGGAAAAUAUGAAGUUCUUACCACAGGGUCAGAUAGACAUCAUAGAUCCAUCGGAACUUCUCCGACCGGAAGCUUCCUUUGCUGAUAAACAACUAUCACAGUUCCGUGACUAUAGUGUAGAUGAAAACGAUCCACUGAAAGAACGUGUAAGGCAAACUUAUCGUGACAUGCAUCUUAAUCAAACUGUUGAUUUUGUCAAAGGUCGUCGUGAGAAAUGGCUUAAGUUUAACACUUUUAAGGCAAAUAUUCGUGAUGCUUUGGAGAAACUUAACGAUCUUAUUGACGAAUCCGAUCCUGAUACAAAUCUUCCAAACAUUGUUCACGCUUUCCAGACUGCCGAACGUGCACGUGCAGAAUUCCCUCAACACGAUUGGUUACACCUGACAGCAUUAAUACAUGACCUUGGCAAAGUGAUGGCAUUUUAUGGGGAACCUCAAUGGGCUGUAGUUGGUGACACUUUUGUCGUUGGAUGUGAAUGGGGAAAAAGUAUUGUCUAUCGUAAUGAGAGUUUCGUUGGGAAUCCCGAUGGGAAAAAUGCAAAAUACAAUACAAAAUACGGAAUGUAUAAACCUAAUUGCGGUCUUGACAAUGUUCUCAUAUCAUGGGGCCAUGACGAAUACAUGUACCAAGUUUUGAAGCAUAAUAAAUCCACUCUACCCGAAGAAGCUCUUAACAUCAUUCGAUUUCAUUCUUUCUACCCUUGGCACAAUGGUGGGGACUAUGAACACUUAUGUGAACCAAAGGAUGAGCUCAUGAAAAAAUGGGUAUUAGUUUUCAACCGUUAUGACUUAUACACAAAAAGUGAACGUUAUCCUGAUAUAGAUCUACUUUGGCCGUAUUAUCAAUCAUUGAUUGAUAAAUAUUGUCCAGGAGAGCUGGAAUGGUAAAGCUUUAACCUUUAAGCGAUGUGAUUUUAAUAUGUAUAUAUAUAUUUUUUUUAAUGCUGUUUUCUAUGCAUAUAAAUUGUCUGUGGUGAAUAUAAAAAUUAAGUCUACAAUAAAUAUCCUUCAAAUUGUGUAAUUAAAAACAA